CACCUCAACUCAACUCUUCUAUUGUCCUCUCAAACUCAAAUACCACUUUUGUUUUAUUCUUUUCUCUUUUUACACUCUUUCCACUUUCAACCACCAUGGUUAGAGAACAAAAAGUUCUUGAUCUAUGCAUAACUGUUCCCACCUUCUUCAAAUGCCCAAUCUCACUAGAUGUAAUGAAAUCCCCUGUUAGUCUCUGUACCGGAAUCACCUACGACCGUUCCAGCAUCCAACGGUGGUUAGACGAUGGCAAUAACACGUGUCCCGCUACCAUGCAAACUCUCCACAGUAAAGAUAUUGUUCCUAACCGUACUCUACAUAGUCUAAUCCAGAUCUGGACCGAUUCGGUUCAUCACCGGGUUAACCCGCCCGUUUCACCUUCAAAAGAACAAGUCCUUCAAGCCAUCACUGAAUUAACUGAUUCCAACGGUUUAAAUUUAAACCGGUUCGGUUUAAUCACAAAAGUGAACCGUUUCGCUCAAGAUUCCGAUCAGAACAAAGGUUUUUUAGCGAAAUUAGACGGUUUCGUUGCUUUGAUGGUUAGUUUACUUGACAAUGUCGACGGAAGCGUGGAAUUUCUUGAACAAAUUUUAACGGCGUUAGGUUUUGUUCUUGAAAAAAUCGAAGAUCGUGAAGAAUUGAAAAAUCGUUUGUUGAAAGGAAAUAACAAAAAAUGCUUAGAUUCUUUCGUUCUCGUUUUGCAACGAGGAAGUAACAAUUCGAGAAUCGCAGCUGCGAGAGUUUUGAAAUUCAUCGCUAUAGACGCUGAAUCAGAGCUUCUAAUCGGUGAGAAUGAAGCUUUGAUAACCGAAUUGUUGAAUUUAUCAACGCCGGAGAAAGAGAAAGAUCCAAAGCUGAUUGAGAAUUGCUUAGCGUGCUUAGUAUCGAUUUCAAAACCGAAACGGAACAAGAUGAAGCUGGUGAAAAUCGGAGCAAUGAAGAUUCUAUCGAAGUUACUAACGGAAUCGAAUAUAAGCGUUGCGGUUGUGGAAAAGGCGUUGAAGUUAGUUGAAACGGCGUCGUCGACGAGUGAAGGAAGAAAAGAGAUUUGUGAAGACGCAACUUGCGUGGCGGCGAUAUUGAAUAAAGUUUUGAAAGUAUCUAACGUUGCGACGGAACACAGCGUAACGACGCUGUGGAGUGUUUGUUAUUUGUUUCGCGAUCAGAAAGCGCAAGAAGCGGUUACGCAAGCGAAUGGAUUAACGAAGAUUUUGUUGCUAAUACAGAGUAAUUGUUCGCCACAUGUUCGACAAAUGUGUAUGGAUUUGCUUAAGAUUUUUCGGGUUAAUUCUAAAUCAUGUCUUUCAAGUUAUGAUACUAAGACUUCUCAUAUUAUGCCAUUUUGAUGAUCCAUUUUUUAUGGAGGCAUAUAUUUUAGUGGUUUUUUUGUUUUUCUAUUUUAAGAAAAAGAAAAUAUUGUGUUGUGUACAUGUAAAUGGAAAAGAAAUUUUGUUAGUCAAAAGAGACAAAAAGAAUAAAGUGGCAAAUUAUUGCUAGAAA